GGUUUGCACUUUUGAUUUCCGUUCUUCCCUCCAUAACAGAAUAAUAAUGUUAUCUUGGAAAGAUGCACGAAGUACAGAACAAAACAAGAGAAAGGAGAGCAGUAGUAAAUCUAAACUGCUUUUGAUCAUAUACACAGAAGACUAAACACAUUGUCAUUUGUGACCUAGACAGGAGUAGCCUACAGCUCGAAGAAUCCACGGCAAGAACAUGUCUUGCUCUUGUAUGGAACUGGCCUUGGAGGGAGAGCGCCUAUGCAAAGCUGGGGACUGUCGUAUGGGAGUCCAGUUUUUCGAGGCGGCCGUGGAGGCGGGCACAGACGACCUGAAGACUCUGAGUGCCAUCUACAGCCAGCUGGGCAAUGCGUACUUCUACCUGCAGGACUACGCUAAGGCUCUGGAGUAUCAUAAACACGACUUGAAUCUGGCCAGAACUACAAAUGACAAAAUCGGGGAAGCCAAGGCUUCGGGCAACCUGGGCAACACCCUGAAGGUCAUCGGCCGGUUUGACGAGGCCAUCGUCUGCUGCCUUAGACACCUGGAGAUUUCACGGGAGAUAGAAGAUAAGGUGGGUGAGGCAAGGGCCCUGUACAACCUUGGCAACGUCUACCACGCCAAGGGCAAACAUUUAGGUCGUCAUGGCAACCAGGACCCAGGUGAAUUUGCUCCGGAGGUGAAAGAGUGCCUGGAGAAAGCGGUUCAGUAUUACGAUAAGUCUGAUUCCCUGUAAAGACUUCUCUGUUGACAUCCACCCCUUGGCGCUCAUAUGACUUAUGCAGUUGCGAGUGCCGUAAAACCCUCUACUAAAACCAAAAUGUUUGUUCUCCAGAGAUUGUCCAUAGCCAAAGAGUUUGGAGACAAAGCAGCGGAGAGGAGAGCGUACACCAACCUUGGCAACGCUCACAUCUUCCUGGGAGACUUUGAACUUGCUGCAGAUUACUACAAGAAGAGCCUGCAGAUUGCUAAGCAGCUCGGCGACCGUGCCCUGGAGGCGCAGGCCUGCUACAGCCUGGGCAACACCUACACGCUGAUGCGCGACUUCGAGACCUCGGUCAAGUACCACCAGCGCCACCUGCUCAUCGCGCAGGAGCUCUUCGACCGGGUGGGCGAGGGCCGGGCCUGCUGGAGUCUGGGCAACGCAAACAGCGCCCUGGGCAAUCACAAAGUUGCCUUGCAGUUUGCCAACAGACACCUGGAGAUUUCUAAAGAGAUCGGGGACCAGACGGGGCAGAUGACGGCCCAGAUGAACUUGGCCGACCUCAAGGAUGCUCUGGGCAUGUCCGACCAAUCCAACAGUAGUGUGACAGCUCAAGACAAAGCUGAUGUGGCUUUGGGUCGCCGGCCAGACAGGGGCAGACGAUUCAGCAUGGAGAACAUGGAGCUGAUGAAGCUGACUCCCGACAGAAAGGCGGGCAAGCAGGUGACUGGGGGAGCCCGCCCCAAGCAAAAAGUACAAAAGUCUGCCAGUGUGGCCGUCGACAUGGGAGUCAACAGCAAGGGGGCUCAGAACGGUACCGUGGAGGACUUUGACGAUGACGGCCUGUUUGACCUGUUGACCCGAUUCCAAAGUCGGCGAAUCGACGACCAGCGCUGUUCAUUCCGCCUGCACGAUCAGCCGUCCCCGGAGUCGGACGAAAGCAAGGACAUCAGACUAGUCUCUUCACCGGCCAGCGAGAAGCUCAUGGACAUGGUGGCCGGCUUCCAGUCGUCGCGGAUGAAUGACCAGCGCGCCAGUUUGCCCAGCUUCCCCGGCCUCAACUCCCAGGACGUCAUCGGCCAGCUCCUGGGCUCGGAGGAGAAGAAGAGGGUGCCGGACGACAGCUUUUUCGAGAUGCUCAUGAGAUGCCAGGCGACUCGACUGGAGGAUCAGAGGAGCUCGCUGCCACACGAUCUGCCAGCCCCCACCGUUCCCGACGAGGACUUCCUCAGUCUGAUCAUGCGCGUCCAGUCCAGCCGCAUCGACGAGCAGCGCUCCGACCUGCCCCAGAAGAGCGCACCGCCCACACCAGGGAAGAAGAAGAAGAAAAGUACUUCCUAGAUUCUAUUUCUGAACCAAGUCUCCAGAGGAUUGACAGCGGACUUUCAGAGCUGAUCUUCUACGCAACUGUACAAUAUAUUCAUGCUGGUACAAUUGUAUGUAAAGUUUGCCUUUUGUGGAGAGAAUACGGAUUGUGAACAAGAUCACGACCCCGGUGCUUUCUUGUUGUGUCUCCAUUUUUUAAUAACAGUGAAAACAGUUCAUAACAAAGAGUGAGCUAAAGAAGAAGUCACAAUUUAACCGUUUAAAAAAAUGGAGAUAAGACAAGAAAGCGCUGGGAUCUCGAGAUGGUUCGGUUUCCCUGGUUACUGAGCUGCAUUCAGACCAAAGAUCUGAGUCUGUCAAAUUCCUUCUGUCGCAUGUAGUCUGUCAAUGUCCUUCUGUCGCAUGUAGUCUGUCAAUGUCCUUCUGUCGCAUGCGCCGACCAAUUUAAUUCUUAACCCUUCCAGCCCUAGCCAUUUUUGGGCGCUCCCUAACCCCAGUCCCAGCCAGUACAACAGUGUAUCAGAAAAAGAGGCUUUCAUUCCUUAAAGUGAUGUAGUGUCUUUGUAAAGAGGUUUAGACAAUAACAUAUAACAAUGUUUAAAGGUAAAUGAACAAA